CCGGCCUGGAAGCGGGAGGUCAGCGGCGGCGGCCGGCCCCCUCCCAAGGGAGCCGCGCCAGGUCCCAGCAAGAGCCGGGCGGGAUCGCUAUUGUUUUUGGCGAGCACAUAAAUCCCCGCGCCGACCCUCUGCGCACCCAGGUUUCCUCCCGGAGGCCAUUCGGUUUCCUCUGAGGCCCUAUAUAGAGGCCCCGGGCCCAGGCUGAGCAGAGGUGAGCGUCCGCUCCGGCCUCCCGGACCAGCCUGGGCUCGGAGCGCCUCUCGCCCUCAGGUCUCUGUAGGCGGCGGCUUCUGGGGAGGAGGGAGGCGCCCCCGAGUCUCCCCUCCCGCGAGAGGGGCCGCGCGGGCCGGGCCGAGCCGGGCUGGAGCGGCGGCGGCGGCGGCCGCGGGAGCCGAGCCCGCAGCGAGGGACCGGCUGAGACGCGCGGGAGGCAGGGAGGCGAGGGCUCCGCGGCGCUGUCGCCGCCGCCGCGGCUCACUCGCGGGGAAGAGAUGGCGGCGGAGCGGGGAGCCCGGCGACUCCUCGGCACCUCCUCCUUCUGGCUGUACUGCCUGCUGCUGCUCGCGCGCCGGGCUCCGGGCGCCGCGGCUGCCAGGAGUGGCUCCCCGCCGCAGUCCCCAGGAGCCAGCGUUCGAACAUUCACUCCAUUUUAUUUUCUGGUGGAGCCAGUGGAUACACUCUCAGUUAGAGGCUCUUCCGUUAUAUUAAACUGUUCAGCAUAUUCUGAGCCUUCUCCAAAAAUUGAAUGGAAAAAAGACGGAACUUUUUUAAACUUAGUAUCAGAUGAUCGACGCCAGCUUCUCCCAGAUGGAUCUUUAUUUAUCAGCAAUGUGGUGCAUUCCAAACACAAUAAGCCUGAUGAAGGUUAUUAUCAGUGUGUGGCCACCGUUGAGAGUCUUGGAACUAUUGUCAGUAGAACAGCCAAGCUCACAGUAGCAGGUCUUCCAAGAUUUACCAGCCAACCAGAACCUUCCUCAGUUUAUGCUGGGAACAGUGCAAUUCUGAAUUGUGAAGUUAAUGCAGAUUUGGUCCCAUUCGUGAGGUGGGAACAGAACAGACAGCCCCUUCUUCUGGAUAAUAGAGUUAUCAAACUUGCAAGUGGAACGCUGGUUAUCAGCAACGUGACUGAAGGAGAUGGAGGACUUUAUCGCUGCAUAGUUGAAAGUGGUGGGCCACCAAAGUAUAGUGAUGAAGCUGAAUUGAAAGUGCUUUCAGAUCCUGAGGUGACAUCAAACUUGGUAUUUUUGAAGCAACCUUCCUCUUUAGUCAAAGUCAUCGGUCAGAGUGCAGUGUUGCCGUGUGUGGCUUCAGGACUUCCUACUCCAACCAUUAGAUGGAUGAAGAAUGAAGAGGCACUUGACACAGAAAGCUCUGAACGUUUGGUACUGCUAGCAGGUGGUAGUCUGGAGAUCAGUGAUGUCACUGAGGAUGAUGCUGGAACUUAUUUUUGUAUAGCUGAUAAUGGAAAUGAGACAAUUGACACUCAAGCAGAGCUUACCAUACAAGCUCAACCUGAAUUCCGGAAGCAGCCUACUAACAUAUAUGCUCACGAAUCUAUGGAUAUUAUAUUUGAAUGUGAAGUGACUGGGAAACCAACUCCAACUGUGAAGUGGGUCAAAAAUGGGGAUAUGGUUAUCCCAAGUGAUUACUUUAAGAUUGUAAAGGAACAUAAUCUUCAAGUUUUGGGUCUGGUGAAAUCAGAUGAAGGGUUCUAUCAAUGCAUUGCUGAGAAUGAUGUUGGAAAUGCACAAGCAGGAGCCCAACUAAUAAUCCUUGAACAUGCAACAUGCUGUGGGCAUCUUUCCAUGUCAACAAAUAGAGAUCUGCAUCAACAUUGUUCUUUGUCAAGUGAUGUUGCCAUCCCAACAUUACCUCCCACUUCACUGACCAGUGCCACUACUGACCAUCUAGCACCAGCCACAACGGGACCACUGCCUUCAGCUCCUCGGGAUGUCGUGGCCUCCCUGGUCUCUACCCGCUUCAUCAAAUUGACAUGGCGGACACCUGCAUCAGAUCCGCAUGGAGACAACCUCACCUACUCUGUGUUCUACACCAAGGAAGGGACUGCUAGGGAACGUGUUGAGAACACCAGUCGCCCAGGAGAGAUGCAGGUAACCAUUCAAAACCUAAUGCCAGCAACUGUGUACAUCUUUAAAGUUAUGGCUCAAAAUAAGCAUGGCUCCGGAGAGAGUUCAGCUCCACUACGAGUUGAAACACAGCCUGAGGUUCAGCUCCCUGGCCCAGCGCCUAACAUCAGAGCAUAUGCAACUUCACCUACCUCCAUCACUGUCACAUGGGAAACACCAUUGUCUGGCAAUGGGGAAAUUCAGAAUUACAAAUUAUACUACAUGGAAAAAGGGACUGAUAAAGAACAGGAUGUUGAUGUUUCAAGUCACUCCUACACCAUUAAUGGAUUGAAAAAAUAUACAGAUUAUAGUUUCCGAGUGGUGGCAUACAAUAAACAUGGUCCUGGAGUCUCCACACAAGAUGUUGCUGUUCGAACAUUGUCAGAUGUUCCCAGUGCUGCUCCCCAGAAUCUGUCCUUAGAAGUGAGAAAUUCAAAGAGUAUUAUGAUUCACUGGCAGCCACCUCCUCCAGCUACACAAAAUGGGCAGAUUACUGGCUACAAGAUUCGCUACCGAAAGGCCUCCCGAAAGAGUGAUGUCACUGAGAUCUUAGUAACCGGGACACAGCUAUCUCAGCUAAUUGAAGGUCUUGAUCGGGGGACUGAAUAUAAUUUCCGAGUGGCUGCUCUAACAAUCAAUGGUACAGGCCCAGCAACUGACUGGCUGUCUGCUGAAACUUUUGAAAGUGACUUAGAUGAAACUCGUGUUCCUGAAGUGCCUAGCUCUCUUCAUGUCCGCCCACUUGUCACUAGCAUCGUAGUAAGCUGGACUCCUCCAGAGAAUCAGAACAUUGUGGUCAGAGGUUACGCCAUUGGUUAUGGCAUUGGCAGCCCUCAUGCCCAGACCAUCAAAGUGGACUAUAAACAGCGCUAUUACACCAUCGAAAAUCUGGAUCCCAGCUCUCACUAUGUGAUUACCCUGAAAGCAUUUAACAACGUGGGUGAAGGCAUCCCCUUGUAUGAGAGUGCUGUGACCAGGCCUCACACAGUGCCAGAUCCCACUCCCAUGAUGCCACCAGUGGGAGUUCAGGCUUCCAUUCUGAGUCAUGACACCAUAAGGAUUACGUGGGCGGACAACUCACUGCCCAAACACCAGAAGAUUACAGACUCCCGAUACUAUACAGUGCGAUGGAAAACCAACAUCCCAGCAAACACCAAGUACAAGAAUGCAAAUGCAACGACUUUGAGUUAUUUGGUAACUGGUUUAAAACCAAAUACACUCUAUGAAUUCUCUGUGAUGGUGACCAAAGGUCGAAGAUCAAGUACAUGGAGUAUGACAGCCCAUGGGACCACCUUUGAACUAGUUCCUACUUCUCCACCCAAGGAUGUGACAGUUGUGAGUAAAGAGGGGAAACCUAGGACCAUAAUUGUGAAUUGGCAGCCUCCCUCUGAAGCCAAUGGCAAAAUUACAGGUUACAUCAUAUAUUACAGUACGGAUGUGAAUGCUGAGAUACAUGACUGGGUUAUUGAGCCUGUUGUGGGAAACAGGCUGACUCACCAGAUACAAGAGUUAACGCUUGACACACCAUACUACUUCAAAAUCCAAGCCCGGAACUCAAAGGGCAUGGGGCCCAUGUCGGAAGCUGUCCAAUUCAGAACCCCCAAAGCCUCUGGGUCUGCAGGAAAAGGAAGCCGGCUACCAGACCUAGGUUCUGACUACAAACCUCCAAUGAGCGGCAGUAACAGCCCUCAUGGGAGCCCCACCUCUCCUCUAGACAGUAAUAUGCUGCUGGUCAUCAUCGUUUCUGUUGGCGUCAUCACCAUCGUGGUGGUUGUGAUCAUCGCUGUCUUCUGCACCCGGCGCACCACCUCUCACCAGAAAAAGAAACGAGCUGCCUGCAAAUCAGUGAACGGCUCCCACAAGUACAAAGGGAACUCCAAAGAUGUCAAACCCCCAGACCUCUGGAUCCAUCAUGAGAGACUAGAGCUGAAACCCAUUGAUAAGUCUCCAGACCCAAAUCCUGUCAUGACUGAUACUCCAAUUCCUCGCAACUCUCAAGAUAUCACACCAGUUGACAACUCCAUGGACAGCAAUAUACAUCAAAGGCGGAACUCAUACAGAGGGCAUGAAUCGGAGGACAGCAUGUCUACACUAGCUGGAAGGCGGGGAAUGAGACCAAAAAUGAUGAUGCCCUUUGACUCCCAGCCACCCCAGCCUGUGAUUAGUGCCCAUCCCAUCCAUUCCCUCGAUAACACUCACCAUCAUUUCCACUCCAGCAGCCUCGCUUCUCCAGCUCGCAGUCAUCUCUACCACCCGGGCAGCCCAUGGCCGGUUGGCACAUCCAUGUCCCUUUCAGACAGGGCCAAUUCCACAGAAUCUGUUCGAAAUACCCCCAGCACUGACACCAUGCCAGCCUCUUCGUCUCAGACAUGCUGUACUGAUCAUCAGGAUCCUGAAGGUGCUACCAGCUCCUCUUACUUGGCCAGCUCUCAAGAGGAAGAUUCAGGCCAGAGUCUUCCCACGGCCCAUGUUCGCCCUUCCCACCCAUUGAAGAGCUUUGCUGUGCCGGCAGUCCCACCCCCAGGACCUCCCACCUAUGAUCCUGCAUUGCCAAGCACACCAUUACUAUCCCAGCAAGCUCUGAACCAUCACAUUCACUCAGUGAAGACAGCUUCCAUCGGGACAUUAGGAAGGAGCCGGCCUCCUAUGCCAGUGGUGGUUCCCAGUGCCCCUGAAGUGCAGGAGACCACAAGGAUGCUGGAAGACUCCGAGAGUAGCUAUGAACCAGAUGAGCUGACCAAAGAGAUGGCCCACCUGGAAGGACUAAUGAAGGACCUAAACGCCAUCACAACGGCAUGAUGACCUUCGCCCAGACAUGACUCCAAACCCGAGUCUAGAAGUCUUGGAACUUAGCCUUGAAAACAAGGAAUUGUACAGAAUAUGAGAGGACAGCACUUGAGAACACAGAGUGAGCCAGCAGAGUGGCCAGCACCUCUGUGUGGGGCUGGCUCCAGGCAUGGCCACCCGCCUUCUACUGGUCAGCCUGGAAGGAGCCUGUGUCGAGGCAGCUUCCCUUCACCUGCUGAUACCCUGCAGGACUGGGCACAAUAGGCCAAAGUUGUGUGUCCAGGGAGGAGGCGAGAAGUGCACCUUGCACUUCACUUUGUGGUCAGGCUGUGUCUUUGUGCUGCAACUGCAUCACCUUUAUGGAGUAUAGACAUUGGCAUUUAUGUACAAUUUUAUUUGUGUCCUAUUUUAUUUUACCUUAAAAAAAACAGUAUCAAAAACCAAGGGAGUCCGUGGUGUUCUCCACAAGUGGUUGACAUUUGACUGCUUGUUCCAAUUAUGUAUGGAAAGUUGUUGACAGUGUGGCUUGUUCCAGGGGUUAGCUUGUUUUUUGGUUUUGUUUUUAUUUUUUAAUUCUGAGUCAUUGCAUCCUCUUCCAGCUGUUAAUCCAUCACUUUGGGCGGGGAGGAGCGGGGGGGAAAUGUUGCAUUGCUGUUUGUAAGCUUUUUUAUUAUUUUUUUAUUAUAAUUAUUAAAGGCCUGACUUUCUCCUCUCA